CUGCAACAAAGUCAUCUGGAGCUCCAGGAGGUGCAGCUGUCCAAUCGGCAACUCCAGGGAAAGGUAGAGGAGCUUAGCGAAGAGAGAAGUCUACAAAUUUUUAACACAUCCCUGCUAUCUGAGAUUGAGCAGAGCAUGGAGGCAGAAGAACUGGAACAAGAGAGAGAACAGCUGAGACUGCAGCUCUGGGAGGCCUAUUGCCAAGUCAGAUAUCUCUGCGCUCAUCUCAGAGGACAUGACAGCACGGACUCUGCAGUCUCCACAGACUCCUCCAUGGAUGAGUCUUCAGAAACCUCAUCAGCCAAAGAUGUCCCUGCUGGCAGUCUACGUGCCAGUCUCAAUGAGCUGAAGAGACUGAUUCAAAGUGUUCUGGAUGGCCCAGACUCCACGGUAGGGAGUUGGACACAGAGCAAGGUGUUCAGUGUCAGUGCUAGCGCUAGGCAAGGAAGAGUCUGGUAUGCCUGGGUUAUUUUAGACCCUUAAGUCUGUGGGUUUCCAGAAUUCUUUCAUGUCCUUGAAGAUUGGACAUCAGGGUAUGCAACCCAUUUGCAGUGACCUCAAAUAGGCCAGCAUUUAGACAUGCCAACCCAAGGGAUUUAAACUUAUGACCUCAGAAGGUAUAAAAGUU